AUGGCCUCGCGGGAGGACUUGUUAACAUUUAAACAGGCCAUGAAAGCUUCGCGUAAGAAAGGCGGUACAGUCAACCAAAGAUUGAGCAACAUUCUUCUCGCGUAUCGCACAUCACCACACAGCACUACCAACGAGACCCCAGCAGUUCUUUUCAUGGGAAGAGCAUUCCAAACGCGUCUCAGCUUAAUCAAACCGAAUGUGGAGAAAAGGGUGUUGAGAGAGCAAGAGAAAAUGUUCGCAAACUCUAAGAGACCAGCUCGUACAUUCAUGAACGGUAAACAAGUAUGUGUUUAUCACAGCAGCAGCAGCAGCAACAAGUGGACUUCUGGAUCUAUCGUUUCGCAAAGUGGGCCUCUAUCGUACAAGGUCGACGUAAGCUUAGGAACUCUGUGGCGUCGUCAUACUGAUAAGAUCUCCUGCGGGACUUUGCCAGUCUCUGAUCAGUCACCAGAGGUGCCAGUUGCACUUCCUCCUAACACCGUUCCAGAGGCAGCCGCGAUCAAUGACUCCGUUUCACCGCAUCAUGAUCAACCGACUCCGGCACCACCAGCUCCAGCGCCUGAUAAGACCACCGCAGCUCCACGCCGUUACCGCCGUUACCCAGUGCGCGCAAGCAGGGACAAACCUCCAGAUUGGCUUGAUUUGUAA